AUGCCUAACCCAAGGGCACGGGGCCAAGCAAGGUCACACUCUGCUGACCGAUUCCGUUAUCGACUUGACAUGCACCUUGUACCCCAAGAAAUGCUGUCAGAACAUCCGCCAAGCAGUAUUUCUGAGGAUACAAUCCGGGAUCGCAUUUCUCGGAUAUACAAUGCACUUAUCAAUAAAGGCAUGAAGGUGCAAACUGAGUCCGCAAUGAGAUCUUCUGAACUACUGGCACUUCGGGAGCUCCUGCAAAAAGGGCGAUGCACUGGCUACGACACACUUCUCGAGACAACGUGGUUUGUAUACCGAGUAGAUCCCAGUCUUGGCAAGCCUCAGAAGCCGCAAAAUGCCCACAUUGGUGUCAUCACACCACUUUUCAGCAAGGAGCGCUAUCGCCUCAGAUACCAGCUCCCAUCUUCCACCACAAGUUGCCCGAUAUACAAAGGGAUCGAGGCCAUCUUUGCCGCCGCCAAAGAGGGUGGUUUCCCCUUUUCGGACACCUAUGCCAUUUCAGCUGGCGUCUUUCUACCAAACGAUCACCCAUUGAUACGCUCAUCGAACCCUGACAAUGUUUUGAACUACACGGCCUUGCUUGCCCAAAGUUUACGAUCUCCAAUGAUGAUCGACCCGUCCGCUCUCGUCACGGUCAAAGUGCCUUCAACAACAAAUGAUUGGCGUCCUGUCAUCCCCAGCUACGACCACCCUGCUUAUCUUGCUAGACAGUGGUUCUACUUGGUAGCACGUGUCUACGAGAGGGCUUUGCUUCAUCCGAUCAGACGCCGAGAGCCGAUUAAUGACCUGAUUAACACUUGGGAGUUUGCGGAGGGUAACAAGACAAGAGCUUGGACUAAAAUUCGGCGCUUCUUGAAAAGGUAUUCCCAGCAUGGAAACAUGCGGCAAACCGACGUGAACUUUUGGGACAAUAGAUGGGCGGAGUUUGGGAAACAUUAUUGCAAGAUGGAGAAACGUUCAGUUGGCAACAAAUGA